UUUAACUUGAUCCAAAUUUAGAAAAAAAAACAUUGUUCUAAACUGUGUGAAAAUGUUCAUGUCAUUGUCAACAGUUUCUUUUCAUUCCUUUAGGGCAAGGACAUAUACAUUGAGGACUUUUUUGUUGUCCCUGUAUGGAAAAGAACUCCUAACAACCCUGUUACUGGAUUACCGGCAAAUUGCUUACCAAGUUGAUCAUGGGACAUGGAAUGAAAAGACUGGAUAUGAUUUUCUGGCUUUGCCACGUCAGACAAGAGGGAAUGAUUGUGGUGUUUUUGUACUCAUGUACACCCUCUCAAUGGUGUGUGGCACUGGGUUUCAAUUCCAGGAGAUGGAUAUGCCUAUCAUCCGCCGAUGGUGGUGCCUUCUACUCAUGGAACGAUUUCAAAUUGAUGGCUAUGGCCGCAGAUUUGCUUUUUGGACUGAGGAAGCAAGAAGUGUAUUGGAGGGAAAGACUCUGCCCCUUUUUAGGGUGGAAAGAAGAACCACAUCCAAUGUUCCGGCACAUGUCCAAGCAGUUCAAGAUCGGGACAGGACUGAUAAAAGAUUAGUGGACUUCAUUCUCACAUCAAAAUCAGCAGAGCAGCAUUUGGUGGAUAUUCUGAGUGGGAAAAGGUCAAAGUGGUUUCCACUAAAACCCCAUUUUCAAGUGCCUGUCUACAUUGAAAAUGAGCAGUCCCAGACAAUCCUGUACAACUACAUGAAAGGAGUUCUUAAUAAAACCCAAACGCAGCUGACCUACAGUGAUGAGGUGGACUUCAUUUGUGGAUGUCUCCUCCCAGAGGCCAUUAUUCAUGCCCUUGGCGAGCUGCAGGGCCUGUCUUGGCAGGAGGCUGAAGAGACGUUCCUCCAGGGCCCCACUUAUCACUCAAGUGAAGUUGAGGAAUUUGACAGGAGAAUUGCUCGAGAAAUGAAAAAUCACCCCAUUUGAAUGUAAAGCAUUUAUUUUAUUUGAUGUUGUUUAAUAUGUAAUAUAUACAUUAUUAACCCAAUUAUUUUUUUCACAGUUUUUCUCUUCAUUGUUUACAGCAUGAUGUCUUGACGGACCACAUGAAAAAGAAUACAAAAAUAAAGUUUGGUGUGAGAAAAUGA